UAAAUCACACAAGUUAAAGGCAAACGGUCAGGUUCUGUGUGUGCGAUAAGUUUCGAAAUCAAUUUCUUUUUUUUUUCUAAUUUUUCUACUGCUCUUUUUCCCUCUCGAAGAAUAUUUAACUGAAAUUCAAAAAAAGUGUAAAAAAAAAAAUAAACAAAAAGAAGAACGCGGUAGCAGCAGCAGCAGCGGCGGCGGCUUAAAUCGAUAUCGACAAGGCACAGUGCCCAGCAUGCAGAGGGCCACAAAGGACAAGGAUAAUUAUAGAGAUAACAAUCGGUCAAGCAAUAGCGGCAGCAGCUACAACAACAACAACCAUAACAAUUCGGAGGCAAUAAAUCAGCAGCAAUAUCAAUAUCAACAUCAGUAUCAUCUGCAGCAUCAGAAAACAGAGGGAUUUCUUGGCAGUUUCCUGUCGAAAGGUUUAAAAACCAAUCAAUUGGUGGUUAAUACGGAUGAGAAAACAUUGCGUCCAAUUGCACGACUGAAGGAACCGCGAGAUCUUUUCGCCCUGCCUAAGGACAAGGACAAUGACUGCUCACAGCAGGCCCCCCGAUGGCCAGUGGAAUGUCAGGUCAUUGAGGAACGCAUUACACACAUUCCCUAUGUGCCAGCCCAGCCAGAGCCGCUCAAUAUGCCCACCGGCAAUGAGCUAAAACCCCGUCCCGUUGGCGAAGAGAACGGCAUCGUUGUCUUUAGCUAUAAUCCCAUUAGUGCUGUCAACUACGAAAAGCCAAAAGCUAAGAAAAAUGAUGAUUCUAGUGAUGAGAGUGAUUACUCAUCCGAUUCUCAUAUCGAUUCGACACCGCCAAGUCGUAGUACACCAGUGCGACAGCAGGCGGUGGGCAAGCAACCACCAACUGUCUCCAAGAUGAUCAAUAAUCUUGACAAUCGCUCGACUAGCGUCUCUCUGGAUGAGGAUAACGACUUUGAGGAUGAUUACGAUUAUGAUACAAGUGGCGGGACAAAUAGUGGCGAGGCACGCGAAAAGGCCAUCAUCAAAGAUCUCAUCGAGGCAAAGAAGAAACGUUAUGCAGCCGGUGGUAGCAAAUGCACAAGUAAAUGUAGCAGCAAGGCCGAAUCCAGCAAGGAUCCAUCCAGUGAAAUAGAUGACAUUUGGAAGAACAAUAGCACGGAAUACAAACCAGCCUCACCUCGCUAUGUGCUGAGUCAAUUUGGCAGGAAGGUAUCCAAGGCGAUUAUCGAAAAGAUGUGCGACAGUGAUGAUAAACCCCCAAAUUCUACUGGCGGCAGCGGUUGUUCAGCAAAUAAGGUACCAAAAAGCAAGUAUGCCGUGGCUCCCAUUAAAUUGCCAAAAUCGAAUAUUGCCCGCUUGGAGCAGGCAUUUCAGCGUAGUGCCAGUACGGCCAGAACAAUGUUUCAAAAUGCCUCAAUUGACAUUAGUGACGAUGAUGAGGACGAUGACAGUACCAGCACGACUCUGGACGACACUGACGAAAUGGACGAACAAUCUGAACGCAAGGACAGAGGAAGAGGAGGAGCAGGAGGAGGUAACAUAGAAGCCCAUCCCUUGCGUCUAACGGGUGGGGCCGAAAAGCGUCAAUGUAAUGGUUCAACUUCUGUAUCCGAAACGGAUACACUUGUGGGUGACGAAAGCCUAAGCAGAUUAUUAGCAACUAAACAAGAUGUCAACGCAUUUCAUUCCAAUGCAUUGCCACCAGGAAUCAUACAUCGGGCACGUCCUCAUACACAUGAGGCCACAAUGGCAGCAGCAGCUGCUGUCGCUAGGGGACGUAAUCGUGAUAUUGAGAGUAUUUAUUAUGCGAUUAGCGCGCCAAGUAGUAGCAAUAGCAAUGCACUAAGCAGCACCACAACUAGCACCACCGCAAGCACCACCAACAGCACUUAUAGCAAUAUUAGCACUAGCACUAAUAAUAAUAAUAACUAUUGGUUGGGCAAAAAUGAGGCAAUGCAUCCGCUUGAAUGUCCAGAUACAACAAUUAACAAUAACAAUAGCAUAAGCGGUAUUAAUCAAGCGACGACGAUGACUACUCCGCCAUCGUCUCAAUCCGUUUCUUCUGCUAUUCCCCCACAAUCACAGUUCAGUCGCUCGGCGGUCGGUGGUGCCAAAUUUGUGACAAAUUGCCAUCCCAUGAAUCCCGAUGAGUAUGAUGGCCUUGAGUUUGAAUCACGCUUUGAGAGCGGUAAUCUGGCCAAGGCUGUACAGAUAACGCCCACCUAUUAUGAGCUAUAUUUGCGUCCAGAUCUCUAUACAAGUCGUUCGAAGCAAUGGUUUUAUUUUCGUGUUCGUCGCACACAUCGCAAAAUGCUUUAUCGUUUCUCGAUUGUUAAUCUGGUGAAAUCGGAUAGCCUCUAUAAUGAUGGUAUGCAACCGGUAAUGUAUUCCACAUUGGGGGCCAAAGAGAAGAACGAAGGAUGGCGUCGAUGUGGUGAUAAUAUAUGCUAUUAUCGCAACGAUGAUGACAGCAGUGGUAGCAACAGUAAUGCAAAUGAAGAGGAUGAGGAUAACUCCAGUUAUACACUAACAUUCACCAUUGAGUUUGAGCAUGAUGAUGAUUCGGUAUAUUUUGCACAUAGCUAUCCAUAUACGUAUAGCGAUCUGCAGGAUUAUCUAAUGGAAAUUCAAAGGCAUCCGGUUAAAUCGAAAUUUUGUAAAUUGCGUCUAUUAUGUCGUACGUUAGCGGGCAACAAUGUCUAUUAUCUAACGGUAACAGCACCAUCCAGUAACGAAGAAAGCAUGAGGCGUAAAAAAUCAAUUGUGGUAUCGGCACGCGUUCAUCCCAGCGAAACGCCCGCCUCGUGGAUGAUGAAGGGUCUAAUGGAUUUUAUAACCGGCGAUACGACGGUCGCCAAGCGCCUGCGUCACAAGUUUAUCUUCAAGCUGGUGCCCAUGUUGAAUCCAGAUGGCGUCAUUGUGGGCAAUACACGCAACUCGCUGACCGGCAAGGACUUGAAUCGUCAAUAUCGUACGGUUAUACGCGAAACAUAUCCAUCCAUUUGGUAUACAAAAGCCAUGAUUAGAAGACUGAUUGAGGAAUGCGGUGUAGCCAUGUACUGUGAUAUGCACGCACAUUCACGUAAGCACAACAUAUUUAUAUAUGGCUGUGAGAAUAAACGCAAUCCGGAAAAGAAGCUCACCGAGCAGGUAUUUCCACUGAUGUUGCACAAGAAUAGCGCCGAUCGGUUCUCAUUCGAGAGUUGUAAAUUCAAAAUUCAACGAAGCAAAGAGGGAACUGGACGCAUUGUGGUAUGGAUGUUGGGUAUUACCAAUAGCUAUACAAUUGAGGCAUCAUUUGGUGGUUCAUCGUUGGGCUCACGCAAGGGUACACAUUUUAAUACACAGGAUUAUGAGCACAUGGGCCGAGCAUUUUGUGAAACACUUUUGGACUAUUGCGAUGAGAAUCCGAAUAAAGUAAAGCGACUAUCAAAAUUAUUUAAGCAAAUCAAAAAGAUAAGAAAACGCGAGAAACGUGAACAGAAAGCAUUGAAAUUACAGAAAAUGGCCGAUCAGAUUUUAAAUUUACUCAAACAACAGGAUAGACUGCGCUCCAAAAUAAUCGAAAGACUGAUGCGCGAAGGCUCUAGUGCGGAUGAGCCAUUAAAUAUACCAUUAUCAGAUUACUCAAGCGAUGAAGGCAAUUGCAGUUCAAGUUCCGAUAAUGAGGGUAAACACUCAAUAACCGCUUCAGACUUGGAGGGUCCUUGUUGUGCGCCCACUCGAGCUCCGCCUAGUUCGCCAGAAGUAAUGCAUGAAAUACGCAAGUUUCGUAUGCGUCGCAUGCGUAAGGUGAUGCACGAAUUGGAUCGCAUCUAUUUCACGCCGCUCUUUCAACGCAAAUUCAAGGCAUUGACCACACUUAAACGACAACGGCAUAAACUUGGCUGCCGAUUACCCACAGUGAAACGUUUGCGUGGCGGUGGAGGAGCCUCGCAAGCUACCGCUGAAACGGCUUCCCAAGCUGGUGGUGGCACCAUCACUAUGGAUGUCAACCCCUCGCCCGUACGCAGCAGGCAAGGUAAAAGACCAGUGCAGAAAAUUAAAUCAAAAUCACAUUCGCGGAGUUCCGAAAGUUCGGAAAGUAGCAAUUCCUCGCAGUCGCAAACCAUAAUGAAUAAUGAUAAUGGCAGCAGGACCAUGCCGCCGCCAUCAUCGUCCAUGGAGGUAAAGCAAUCAAUGAAGAAACGACCCACUACCACUGGCGGUGGUGGUGUUGGCAAUGGUAAACAACGUGGCAAGAAGAAGAAAUAUAUGCCAAUUGAAAAGAAUAAAAUAAUAACGAAUCAUAAACUGCAUAUUGAUCGCAAUUUUCGUCUAUGGCUGGCUAAUCGAAAGAUAUUCAUAUUUAGACGCAAAAAGAAUCGUCGCAUUCGUGUGCGCAGUAAGUCAUCAAAGAAACGAGGGGAUCUAGUGCGGACCACUCUGGAUUUGCCCACAACGGAUCCUGGCUCGGACUUGCAUUUCUCAACGGACGAUGAGGAGCACUCACCGCCAUCGGGCAAUGCCAACUAUGGUCAAGUGGCGCCAUUGCGUCACACACUAUUGCAAAGUGAGCUGCAACGUCGCUAUAUUGAAGAGAUUGGCGAUACGGUGGUGCAGAAACCCAAACCGGCCCAUAUGCCACCCGAAUUGAUUGUGACAACGCCAUCGAAGAGCAACAGCAACGGCACGUCAGGCAAGAAAAUCGAUGUGUACAAGCUAACGCCACGCACAGCACCCGAAUUGGAGAAGGCCCAUCAUCAUAGCGGUGGAGUUGGUGUUAGUGGUGCACAAACGCUAACAGCCAGACGCACAUACUCGUGGCACAAUUUAGAUCAGGAAGUUGUUAGAUCGGCAAAACAAAACAAUUUCUAUGAAACUCGGGUACCGCCUACGGCUAGCGUUAAGGCGCCAAAGGUAGCGCCACCACCACCACGUAGAACUGUGCCGAGCAAUUUUAUACCACAACGCCAUAUGAAUUCCGCCAAUCAAGCCGAUGAUUUGCAAUUAAAGUUAUCGUUAAAGAAGAAAAUCUGGACGGGAGCUCAAGGUGAGCCAGAUGGUCGUCCCUUGGCCUGGUUUAGGAGUCAUCAGAGUCAAGUACAGAGUCAGGUACAAGCUCAUGCAGCUUCAGCAGUAGCUCAAACUACUAGUAACCGCAGCGCAGGUGGUGGCGCAUCGGCCGCUCCGCCGUUACGUACUGUGUCAGGUGGUGCUGCAGGUGGCGGCGGCGGCGGAGGUGUUAUGACAAAUGGCCCACCGCCUGCCUUUAUUGGAGCUCCGGCAACAACAGCGACGGCGGCGCGUAAGCCUCGCAAAUUGGAACAAAUGGAUCUAUUUAAUGCUUGUUCCCAGAAAUUGCUGCAGUGGCAACAGCAGGAGGACCAACAACAGCAGCUGCCGCAUCACCAGCACAAGAAACUUCAGCAGACGCAACAGCAGCAACAACAACGUCUCAAUGGAGGAACUAAUGUAAAAUUGGAUGAACAAUUACGAUACAAGCCUCUACCUACGGCAGCGGGAGGACAUAAGAAGUCAUCGUCAGUGUCAGCCAAUAAGCAAAUGCCACUAACUUCAGGUCCACCGCCUCCACAACCAGCACAACCAUCGCAUCAUCACCACCAGCAUCAUCAUCAUCACUUGGAUAAGGGCAAACGCAAGUCGAAUAGCCUAAUUAAAAUUGCCGAGACCACGCAGUUAGUGACUAGAUUUGCUCGUGGCAAUAGAGGCAGUGCCCCGGGUGGCAGCUCCAAUCAACAGCAACAACAGCAACAGCAACGGCUUCUAUACAAGACACCAACUGGAACAGUUGGAGGGAUGACUGCUGGAGGCGGCGGGCGCAUGCAUUCAGCCGGCGCUGGCAUGCAGCCAGCAAUUGGGAGAGGCGGCGGUGGCGGUGGUGGUCUACCAAAUAAAUUUAAGACCGGCGGCUUGGUCAUAACAGCUGUCCAGCAGCCGCGAAAUUUACCCGGUGGCAGUAGACGUAUGCGUAAUGCAGCCGCAGGCAUCGGAGGAGGAGGCGCCGGCGGCGGAAUUGGAACAACUACCACUACAACAACUCUUUUGCAAUAUCAGAGAAGCAGUCACAGUGUCCAAAUGCAUAAAUCCUCGACGGGCAUAUCCUUGGACACCGUAAAUCUGGUGCGCAAGGUCAAGACCAAACUAAAGAAACGCAAAUCUCGCACAUUGACCAAAUAGAGGAGGUGACCAGUGCUCGCACAACUCCCUGCCAUUGUGUCCUUCUCCUUCCUGCUUCCCAUCCCUUGCCCUUGAUCCUUAUUCCCCUUGUACUCGUCAUGUAUGUCUACCAAGUAUUUCAUUUGUAUAAUUGCUUGGUUUUUCUUUCUUUCGAUUCCUUCACCUUUAGCAAAAUUUUAGUCAAUUGAUUUGCAAAAUUAAUGAAAUUAUAUAAUUUAUUAAAUGUUUGUAACUAGA